AUGUCUUCCAUUGAUCCGAUGUGGCGCCUCACCUGUGUCUACGGAGAGCUGAGAACUGAAAAUCGCCAACGGAUGUGGAACACUAUUGUUGAUCUAAAGAAUCGCUCUAACUUGCCUUGGCUUGUCGUCGGACAUUUCAAUGAAGUUCUGUGGCAGCAUGAGCACAUGUCUGAGACUAAGAGACCUGAACCGCAAAUCAGGGUGUUCCGCGACACGCUGGAAAGCUGUGGGCUUGUUGAUCUCGGCUUCACGGGUGUACCCUUCACUUUCAACAAUAACCAGAGCGGUAGAAAGAACGUAAGGGUUCGCCUCGACAAAGCAGUGGCGAUUGAUAGUUGGAGAGAUCUUUUUGCUGAAACCGAAAUCAAGCAUCUCACCACACCUUGUUCUGAUCACAGCCCGAUUGGUUUGACUUUGAUCAAAGAAACAAGCCAACCCACCGUUAGGAAAGUUCGACACUAUGAAAUUGUGUGGGAGAAGGCUCCCGAGCUUGAGGAGAUUAUUGCUAACACCUGGGCAUCGCUUGAACAUAAUGGUGACCUCGCCUCUAAAUUCUAUCAGCAAAAGCUUGAAGAUAUGUCGAGGGAUUACUUCAAGGAUCUUUUUGCUGCAGACCCCAACAUCACCCCGGACGAGAUCGUCGAUCUGUUUGAAACCAAGGUCACGAACAUGAUGAAUGAACAAUUGUGCGCUGAAUUCAGUGAUAAUGAGAUUGCGGACACCCUGUUUUAG